GAUGCUUGUUUAGGAUCUUGCAUCACAACCCAGCGUUUCCAGUCCCGGCCGGACCCGUGUGUUAAUUUGUUAGGCUGGGUUUUUCGCAAUGACUGGCCAUCAGUGGGGAUACGGCGAGGAAAACGGUCCUUCCGCCUGGCAUAGAGACUACCCCAUCGCGCAGGGCAAUCGGCAGUCCCCCAUCGACAUCGUCCCCAGCGAGGCGCAGUUUGACCCCAGUUUGCCCCCCAUCACGCUGGUCUAUGACACCUGCAUGUCCCUCAGCAUCUCCAACAACGGCCACUCUGUGGUCGUCGAGUUUGAUGAUGAAGAUGGCAGAGCCGUCAUCAGGGGGGGGCCCCUGGAGUCGGUGUAUAGGCUGAAGCAGUUCCAUUUCCACUGGGGUGGGACAGGCAGCUGCGGUUCAGAGCACACCAUCUGCGGGAAGACCUUUGCAUCUGAGCUUCACCUGGUUCACUGGAAUGCUACCAAGUACAAGUCAUUUGGCGAGGCGGCCGUGGCCCCUGAUGGCCUGGCUGUGCUUGGCAUCUUUUUGGAGAUCGGUGAUGGACACAGGGCUUUGAACAGCAUCACGGAUUCUUUGUAUAUGGUCAAAUUUAAGGGGAGCUCCGUAGACUUCAAGGACUUCAACCCAAGGUGCCUCCUGCCCAAAAACCUGAACUACUGGACGUAUCCCGGCUCACUGACCACGCCUCCACUGCAUGAGAGCGUCACCUGGAUUGUCCUGAAGGAGCCCAUUCGUGUGUCUGAGAGACAGAUGGGAAAGUUCCGGAUGCUGCAUUUCAGUGACGAGGAGGAGGAUCGCCAGCGCAUGGUGAACAACUACAGACCCCCUCAGCCUCUGAAAGGAAGAAGAGUCCGAGCCUCCUUCAAGUAGCACGCCCAACUGGGAACACUGAACCAAGAUGUCCCCCGUUCUUCGGUAGAAAACCCUUAUCCUCACCCUAGAAUGAGCUUACUAUGGUCCCUGAGUCAUACUGCCAAUAAAAUAGAGAGGUGCCCCUUGGUAAUACACCUGCUGCUACAGUUGCACUGAACAAGGCCAUCUCUACCUCCUCUUCCACUCUUGAAAGCCAUGCAUUGAAUAUCAGUUGCAGGGGAAAGGUAAAGUACACCGGAAUAAAGAACACUAGUUCCACCUUGAAUUUCCUCACUGUAAAACUGCUUGUAUGACAACAGUGCGCCUCGAUUGACUCCUUUGUCCUUUGACUCAGCUACACAUAGCUCAAGCUACUCAGGUGAACCAAUUAGACUAAAUGUAAGGCAGUCAUAUGAUUCAACCUGCCUGGGCUUUAGGUGUAACUAGUUCCGCUGUCCGCGUGGCUCUGUGGACUGACUGUAAAUGCCGAGUAAUGCUGACUCUGUUUUGAUUAAGGGGACCAGGGAAUGUCUUGUCAUUUUCUCACCUGUCUUAUAUACUGCUUUAAACCGGUUUCAUUUUUACUGUCUUGGAGAAAUUGUAUGUGACUUUCAGACCUAUUUCUGAAGUAUUGUGCUGUUCAAUGCGUUUGGUAUGGUAUCUUUCAUUUGGUGUUGUACGUCUCCAAAAUACAAAUAAAAUACUUUUAUUGAAAAA